UUGUGAUGGGACAAGGUUAAAUGGAGCGGAUUGUGUAUCCCAGACCGCUAUUGCAUUGUAAGGGCCAAAAUGCCGGAAGAGCAAGGGGUUGGAGCGACGCAAGGGGGUAGGAUUCGGCCCUUGGACGGAUAUACCUACAGAGACAGCCCGCACAUGUCCACGGUUAAGCAUUGUCAGGUUACUAUUAAAGUUGCAGCAGAAUCGUCAGCCCACCAGCAGUUUAUCUUACAUCCGAACCAUGUCCAUCCGAGAAAGACUGCUUGCAACGGUCUCCCGGUACAUUGCCGCGUACAACGAGUUCGAUCCAAGUGCCAUGAAAACCGUUCGCACAGUCAGCUGCCUUACCCAUGGAAUUGCGCCGACCUGCAAGUUUACUCAGAGUGUAGAGGAACACACGAAACAUAUGAUGUUAUCGCGGGGAGUGUUUCGAUCCGUUAAUGCCAGCAUUGUCGACGACGGCACUACGGUCGUUGAUGAGGGGUCAAGAAAGGUUGUUGUCAAGGUGAAACUCCGGUGUGAAACGAUCGUUGGGCCCUACGAGAACGAAGCAAUGUUUAUAAUGGCGAUGGAUGAGGAGGGAACCCUCGUGGAUGGGAUCUUUCAAUUCUUGGACACAGCCUGUUUUCGGCAGUUUCAGGGACGCCUCGAGGAGGCUCACGUCUCUAGGGAUUGA